CGCUUUCCCUUUUGUUCUCUCCAACGGCCGCCGACACUCCGCGCCGGUGAGAAGCGCGCGGCUUCCCGGGCGCUCCGGUUUCCGGCCGCGCCCGCACCGCCCGGGAGCACAGCAUCUUCCCGGCUCCGCGCACCCGCUGCGCCACGUAGCCUUGACCCGCGACUCCCCUGCAGCUCCCGCGGACGCACCAACGAAUCGAUUCGCACGCUGGAGGCGACGGAGUCGCGGGGGCGUCCCGAGGCCAAGAAGCCCCGCGCGCCAUGCAGUCCCCUCCCGACUGGCCCCCAACGCCCGGCGCCCUGCGGCCCUCUCCCUUCCCGCACCCUGCCCUGCACGCCCUGCACCGCCUGGCCCGAGCCCUGCUCUUUCCGGCUUACUGGGCUCUGGACCAGCUGCUGGGCUGCGGGGCGCCGCUGGCGCGCGCGAACCGUCGCCGCGCGCUGAGAGCGGCCGCGGGCGCCGUGGGGGCGCUGCUGCUGCUGCUCCUGGCCGGCCUGCCCCUCGCCCUGCCCGGCCUGCUGCUCUGGCUGCCCCUGCAGGCUUGGCGCCGCCCCUUCUGCUACCGGCCCCCUCCGGAGUGCUGGGCGCCGCCGGCGCCCUGGCGCCCCCCCGCUGAGCCCGCGCGCUGCUUCGGCUUCCUCAGCGCGAACCUGUGCCUGCUGCCCGACGGCCUAGCGCGCUUCAACAACUUGCGGCACAGCCAGCGGCGCGCCGAGGCCAUGGGCGCGGUGCUGCUCGCCGGCCUGCGGCCCUCGCGCUAUGGCACUACGGGCUGCAGUCCGCCAGGGCCGGGGACGCCGGGUGGGACGCUGAUAGCCGCGGUGCCGGCGGGGCUGGACUUCGUGUGCCUGCAGGAGGUGUUCGACCUGCGCGCGGCGCACCGCCUUGUCGGCCGCCUAGCGCCCUAUCUGGGCCCGGUGCUGUACGACGUGGGCUCCUUCGGCCUGCAGCCCGGACCGCACCUCAAGCUGCUCGGCAGUGGGCUGCUGCUGGCCUCGCGUUAUCCGCUGCUGCGCGCCGCCUUCCGAUCCUUCCCCCACGCACGGCGCGAGGACGCGCUGGCCUCCAAAGGACUGCUUUCCGCACAGGCGCAGGUGGGCAUCCUGGACGGGCGCCGCAUCGUGGGCUUCCUGCACUGCACGCACUUGCAUGCGCCGAGUGGGGACGCGCCCUUGCGCUGCAAACAGCUGACGCUUCUGCUGGACUGGAUCCAACAGUUUGAAGCCCAGAGCCGCCAGGGGAGCGAUGCCGUGGCCUUCAGCGUGCUUCUGGGUGACCUAAACUUCGACAACUGUUCUUUAGACCACGCAAAGGAGCAGGAGCACGAGCUCUUCAGCCACUUCCGGGACCCCUGCCGGCUGGGCACUCGCCGGGAGCAGCCCUGGGCCCUGGGCACGAUGCUGAACACCUCCACCCUGCGCCACUCGGUGGCCUGCUCCUCAGAGAUGCUGCGGAGGGCCCUGGAGCAGGAGGAGGGGCGCCACCGCUACCUGGCAGGCCCUCCGGGCGAGGGCCCCCGGACUAAGCCUUGGCGGGGCCGGCGCGUGGACUAUGUCAUGUACCGGGGAGUGGCCGGAGGCCCGCUGAGCCCAGUAAGUGGCAGAAUUCAGGGCGCUGGGGCGGCCGGCGCUGGGGCGACCCCUCAGCCUGACUCCUGCCCCCAGGAGGUGGAGCACGUGACCUUCAGCACCGCCCUGGCGGGGCUCACUGACCACCUGGCCGUGGGACUUCGGCUCCGUGUGUCUGCGCCCUCCUGACGCACGCACGCAGGCGCCAACCCGGGUG